CCUUGACCCUUCUCGAUAUCUCUUGCGAUGAGAGGAACACAGAUCACCUCCGGCUCCGUACCAUACAGGUAAGGCUCGACACUCACCAGUCACCACUGUUUUUAUGCUGGCGCCUGUUGCGAUAUCAGGUUUAUUCGUAUAGUAUACGAUGAAUCGUUACUUCCAAAAUAUUCUGCCCUUAGCGGCAUCGAUUGCCUCUGAUACCUUAUGUACCAAUACUUGACCGCUUCUCUUAAGAUCCCUCGCCACCGUCAACUACAUUCCUUAGAUAAGAGAAUGUUCCUUUAAACCGAAUUUCCUUCUCCAUCCUCGACAUCAUGUCAUUCAUAUGGCAUAAACUGCCCAGCUCUGCCCAGCAUGUCCUGGUUCGAACAUCCAUUCUCGCGCUCCGAGCCAUCACCCCUCUCAGCAUCCUAUAUUGUUCAUACUCCUUCUACCAUUUCCCUCAAGGCCCUGCCCUACAGUCCCUCGCCAGCUAUGCCUUUCUCGAGACCGCCUUCUACCUGUUCGUCUACCUUCCCUUCAGCAUCUACCUCCAACGCGCCGCCCGCCACCCCGAAGAUAUGUCCACCGCGAACCGCGAGGUGCUCUUCAACCGAUGCAUGGACACCAUCGAAAACCCUGACCAGUAUCUGCGAAAGUGGUUCCGGAAUGGCGACCUGGAUGAAAUCAAACGCGAGAAUGUGAAGGAGUUCCUACUCUGGGCAUUCUGGAAUGCGGACAAGCCGGAUGGCGUGCACGAGGAGGAGCUGGAGAAGUACUGCGAUGGGGUGGAGAAGAAACUGGGGAGGAAACUCGCCCCGGGACGGGGCAAGGCUAAGAGCUUGAGAUUGACGCUGGACGAUGUGGAGAUGCUCAAUCGCCCACUGUUCUGGUACAUUCUCAUCGGCUUCCUCGACGCCAUCGUGGGCGUCCGACUGCUGUUUUCCGGGUUCCGCUUUUACCGCGUUCCUCUACGCCGCCUCCCCCUGACCUUCCCCUUUCGUGUUUUCUCCCUCUUUGCUCGCCGCCGAUCAGAAGCGCAAAGCAUAUCCUACUGGUAUAGACCCCACACCUCGAAAACUCGACUGCCUGUCGUUUUCAUUCAUGGGAUGGGCAUUGGUCUAUAUCCGUACGUCGAUUUCCUUGGCGGCAUAGCUCGUGCGGACUAUGGCGUGGGCGUUGAAGGCCAGGUCGGCAUCAUCGCGUUGGAGAUCAUGCCGAUAAGCGCUCGAAUCACCACCGCGAAGCUCUCGCGUGACGACCUUGCCAAAGAGGUCCAGGCCAUCCUCGAUUCUCACGGCUGGUCGAAGUUUGUCCUCGUAGCGAACUCCUACGGCACGGUGAUCACGUCGCAACUGCUCAAAUCGCCGAAGAUGGCGGCGAGGGUGGGACCGAUGCUGCUCAUUGAUCCGGUGGUGUUCCUCCUCCAUCUGCCGGACGUUGCCUAUAAUGUCGUGGUGCGCAAACCCACGCUCACGAACGAAUACGUGCUGUACUACUUCGCCGCGAAGGACAUGGGAGUGGCGCAUACCCUGCAUCGACGAUUCUUCUGGACGGAGAACAUCCUGUGGACGGAAGACGUGGCCGGGAUGGACGUCACCGUAUCCUUGGCGGGUGAGGAUAUCAUCGUGAAUGCUCCCGCGGUCGGGAAAUACCUGGCGCGAGACAAAAAUACGGACUGGAGAAACACCUAUCUGACCGGGAGUGGGCUGGAGGUAGUCUGGUUCGACCAUUUCGAUCACGCGGAUGUCUUCGUCCAAAAAGAAGCCCUGAAGAAAUUGGUCGACGUUAUCGUUCAGUAUUGCCAGAAAGGACAGCCAUUGAUAGAUGUGCCAUAGAAUUAUUACAACUACCUCAACGGAAUUGGACCACGGCGCGGACGACACAGGAGAGAUUUUUUUGGUGAAGAAAGCGCUCGAUUAUUGUAAGGUGCAGCGUGGUAUAUCAACUAUCGACAACGCCGGAGUUCCAAUGCUACAAAUCGUCUAUUCUAACGAUAAGCCGAAAUAGAAGGAAAGCGAGCCUUCCUUUCGUUCACUACUCCUGCCACUCGGGG